AUGUUUAAUGAAAAGUUGAAAGAUAUGGAAAAUUUCUUCAACGUGUAUAAGUCUGAAUUAGUUUCUAUUGUAAAUAAUCUAAACAUAAAAUUAAGCGCGAAUGAUAAAACUCGGAGUGACUUUGUAAAUAUCUCUGAUAAUAAUAUAUUUAAUAAAAAUACGUUAAAGCCAAUUUCUAAACCUAUUUCUACUUGGGCUGAUAAACCACUUGUUAGUCAAACUGAAGUUGACGACUCUGCUACGGAUAACGAUAGCAACUUCAUUGAAGUCUCAAGUAGAAGAAAUAAACGAAAAAAAGAUGUAAUUUCACCAUUUAAACCAUUAACUAAAGAACCAGAUUCAAGAAAAAAUAAAAUUUUUGGUUCGUCCAUUUCUUCCAAAUUGAAAGCUUCGAAGCAAAUAGAUGAAAAAAUAAAGAAAAAAGUUUUUUAUCUCGGAAAUGUAGCUAUUUGCGGUAAAGAAACAGUUGAAAACCACCUGACAGAAAAUGGAAUAAAGAAACCACAAAAACUACUCAUGGAUGACAAAAAUGGAUUGGCGGCUGUUGACCCUGAUGGAUUCACUAAUAUGUUUGAUACUACCUCGUCUAUGUAUUAUACUGUUGAUACUAUUCCUGUUGACUUUGGUUUGAAUGUUAAUAACAAUUUUUCUGUUUUACAUUUCAAUGCUCGUAGUUUAUUACUAAAACUUAAUGAUUUAAAUUGUCUCCCUAGAAACAUUAAUAAUCUGAAGGUAAUCUCCAUUAGUGAAACCUGGUUGGAUGAUAAGACUUCUAACAUGGCAUCCUAUAUGUUGAUAUUUCUGACCACUCACCUGUUUUCACUGUUUGCAAUAAUAUUAGUUUCAUAA